UUCGUGUUUGUGUCGUAUUUGGUAUCGAGCCCGCGCCCGCUGAGAUUGCUUGAGGCGGAGUGUUAGCUUCUGGCUAGCUGUUCUGUUUCAGUGCUCGGGUUUUACCGUUUAAUUUUAUUUUAUAUUUCAGUAAUAAUAGACAGUAAUAUUCAUAAUAAAAUGCCUUUUCAGUAUCCGAACGCGUAUCGUGACGAGGCUGUGGUUGAGGACUUCCACGGCUGUAAGGUUCCUGACCCGUACAGCUGGCUGGAGGACCCGGACAGUGAGAAGACACAGGCGUUUGUGAAUGCGCAGAACCAGCUGACGCUGCCCUUCCUGGAGGAAUGUCCGGUCAGAGAGGUGUUUAAGGAGCGCAUGACCGAGCUCUACGACUACCCCAAGUACAGCUGCCCCUUCAAACGGGGGAACAGGUAUUUUCACUUUUAUAACACGGGCCUUCAGAACCAAAGCGUCCUCUACGUACAGGAGAACCUCGAAGCAGAACCCAAGAUGUUCCUCGAUCCGAAUACGUUUUCAGACGAUGGAACUGUAGCGCUACAAGGUUACGCGUUCUCUGAGGAUGGCGAGCACCUGGCGUACGGCGUGAGCGCGAGCGGCUCCGACUGGGUGGAGAUCCGGUUCCUGCGCGUCGACGGCGCCGUGGCCCUGGAGGACCGGCUCGAGAGGGUCAAGUUCAGCUGCAUGGCCUGGACUCACGACGGGAAAGGGCUCUUCUACAACUCGUAUCCUGAGCAGGAGGGAAAGAGCGAUGGGACGGAGACGUCCACCAACCUGAAUCAGAAGCUCUACUAUCACGUGUUGGGGACGCCACAGUCACAGGAUGUCCUGUGUGCCGAAUUCCCCGAGGAGCCCAAGUGGAUGAGUGGAGCUGAGAUUUCUGACGAUGGCCGCUACGUGUUGCUGUCCAUCAGAGAAGGUUGUGACCCCGUGAACAGGCUGUGGUACUGCGACCUCAACACCAUCCCGGACGGCAUCACAGGGUUGCUGUCGUGGGUGAGACUGAUCGACAACUUCGACGCCGAGUACGAAUACGUGACGAACGAGGGCACGGUGUUCACUUUCAAAACCAACCUGGACGCGCCGCGCUACCGCCUCAUCAACGUGGACUUCGCUCAGCCGGCGCCCGGGCAGUGGAAGGAGCUCAUCCCACAGCACGACAAGGACGUCCUCGUGUUUGCGACGUGCACGUACUCCAGCUUCCUGUGCGUGUGUUACCUGCAUGACGUGAAGAACGUGCUGAAGAUGUACCAGCUGGCGUCGGGGGAGGAGCUGAAGACCUUCCCGCUGGACGUGGGCUCCAUCGUGGGCUUCACCGGCCGCAAGAAGGACUCGGAGAUCUUUUACUACUUCACCUCCUUCCUGUCUCCAGCCAUCAUCUACCACUGUGACCUCACAAAAACGCCUCUACAACCGCACAUCUUCAGGGAGGUCCAGGUCAAGGGCUUCGACCCAACAGAGUACCAGACCACACAGGUGUUCUACCCGAGUACAGACGGCACACAGAUCCCCAUGUUCAUCGUGCACAAGAAGGGUCUCCAGCUGGACGGCUCACACCCGGCCUUCCUCUACGGCUACGGAGGGUUCAACAUCUCCAUCACACCCAGCUACAGUGUAUCCAGGCUCAUCUUUGUCAGGCAUCUGGGAGGAGUUUUAGCAGUGGCCAACAUCAGAGGAGGCGGGGAGUAUGGUGAAACGUGGCACAAAGCGGGGAUGUUGGAGAACAAGCAGAACUGUUUCACUGAUUUCCAGUGUGCAGCCGAGUAUCUGAUAAAGGAGGGCUACACCUCGUCGAAAAAGCUCACCAUCAACGGAGGCUCCAAUGGAGGCCUGCUAGUGGGAGCGUGUGUAAAUCAGAGGCCGGAUCUGUUCGGCUGUGCAGUAGCUCAGGUCGGAGUCAUGGACAUGCUCAAGUUUCACAAGUUCACCAUCGGCCAUGCCUGGACCACCGACUUCGGCUGUUCUGAGAAAGAGGAGCAGUUUAACUGGCUCAUCAAGUACUCUCCUCUACACAACAUCCGGACCCCCGAGCGUGACGGCGUGCAGUACCCGGCUGUGCUGCUGUUGACCGGUGACCAUGACGACCGCGUGGUUCCCCUGCACUCUCUGAAGUACAUCGCCACCCUGCAGCAUGUGAUCGGUCGCUGGCCCGGCCAGUCCAACCCCCUCUUUAUCCACGUGGACACCAAGUCGGGUCACGGGGCGGGAAAACCCACCAGCAAGGUGAUCCAGGAGGUGGCGGAUACCUACGCCUUCAUCGCCCGCUGCCUCGACCUCCACUGGAUCAAUUAACACACGUGGACACAUCAACACAUCUGGACACAUCAACAAACGUGGACACAUUAACUCACGUGGACACAUUAACUCACACACACACGCACUUCAUUCAGCUGCUGCUCCCCCGGCGUUCUCUCUCAACCUUUAUCUCUAUCUGUCUCGUCUCUUCUCUAGUCAUUUUCCUUCAUCCCUUUCUUCUCUUUCUUCCCAUCUUCUUUAUUCUUUCUUCUUCUCCUCUUUUCCCCCUCUUUAUCUUCAUCCUCCUUUCUUCUCUUUAUCUUCCUCCUGUUAAUUUUCCCCUUGUUCCUGUUCUCUCGUCCUCCCUCCAUCAGCCUUCUUUCUCCUUUUGCCUUCCCCGUUUUUUUUUCCUUUCUAGCUCUUUCUCUCACUCCUCUCAUCUAUCUCCCUUAUCUUUCUCAGUCUGUACUCAUUCCUCACUCCCUUCUCCUCCUCCACAUCUCUCUCUCUCUCUUUCAUUCUGCUCCAAUGGAUCCGGAUUUCACUCUGCAGUAAGCCUUCAUCAUCUCACCCAUCUCUCUCUCUCGCUCAGCCUGUUAACGAUUUUUUUAUAUAUUAUACUUUUCCCUGGACAUUUCAUGAUCAUCUUCUCUGAAACACUUUGUAUAGACUCUUAAUUUAUUAUCAGGUUCAAUAAAAUUCAAUAGGUCUUUACCAAUUAACCGCACAGUAUGUAUGUGUGUGUGUGUGAUUGUAAUAAGGUAUCAUAUAUAAUGUAUAUCCACUGGCUGCUUCUACCUCCAACCUUAUGCAGAUUUUGUUGUUACAUUUUCAAACCAAUAAAUGUCAGCGUACCUUGUGAUACAAAACAACUGACGUAAUAAACACAAUAAUGUUUUGAACAA